CUUCCCGCGCAGGCGGGGAGUGGUUUCUCCGAGCCGGUGGCGGGAACAGCUGUAGAGCUGCGCCUGAGGGUUGCUGGCUCCGUGGGGCUCCGGAGCACCCGCGGUCUCAUCAUUUUGUCUCCACAGUCUCCAUCUUCUUUCUCUGCUGGCUGGUCCUCUGGUGUAUGGACUUGUACAUGAUGAACUGUGAACUUCUAGCCACAUGUAGUGCCCUUGGGUACUUGGAGGGAGACACUUACCACAAGGAACCAGAUUGCUUAGAGAGUGUGAAGGAUUUGAUCCGCUACUUGAGGCAUGAGGAUGAGACUCGAGAUGUGCGGCAGCAGCUGGGAGCAGCCCAGAUCCUGCAGAGUGACCUUCUACCCAUCCUUACGCAGCACCGCCAGGACAAGCCUCUCUUUGAUGCUGUCAUCAGACUGAUGGUGAACUUGACACAACCAGCCUUGCUGUGUUUUGGCAGUGUACCUAAGGAGCCCAGCAUGCGGCACCACUUUCUACAGGUGCUUGCUUAUCUGCAGGCCUACAAGGAGGCCUUCGCCAGUGAGAAGACUUUUGGGGUCCUAAGUGAAACCUUGUAUGAGCUGCUGCAGCUGGGCUGGGAAGAACGACAAGAGGAAGACAACCUGCUGAUUGAGCGGAUCCUGCUGCUGGUCAGAAACAUUCUCCAUGUUCCAGCUGACCUUGAUCAGGAGAAGAGGAUCGAUGAUGACGCCAGUGUCCAUGACCAGCUUCUCUGGGCGAUUCACCUCAGUGGCCUGGAUGACCUGCUCCUCUUUCUGGCCAGCUCGCCUGCCGAGCAGCAGUGGAGCUUGCAUGUGCUAGAAAUUAUCUCCCUUAUGUUUCGUGACCAGAACUCUGAGCAGCUGGCAAGAGUAGGGCAGGGACGCUUAGCUCAGGAGCGGAGCACAGAUGUGGCAGAACUGGAGAUGCUACGCCAGCAGGAGAUGGCAGAAAAGAAGGCGAGAGCCCUCCAGCGAGGCAACAGGCAUUCUCGAUUUGGGGGCUCUUACAUUGUCCAGGGGUUGAAAUCCAUAGGGGAAAGGGACCUCAUCUUUCACAAAGGCCUUCACAAUCUCCAAAACUACAGUUCAGAUUUGGGGAAGCAGCCCCGAAGGGUGCCUAAACGUCGCCAAGCCACCCAGGAGCUGUCCACUCAGCGUCGCUCAGCCCUUAACGUGAGGCUUUUCCUCAGAGACUUCUGCUCUGAGUUCCUGGAGAACUGUUAUAACCGGCUCAUGGGCGCAGUGAAGGAUCACCUGCUUCGUGAGAAAGCUCAGCAACACGAUGAGACUUACUAUAUGUGGGCCUUGGCUUUCUUCAUGGCUUUCAACCGAGCUGCCUGCUUUCAGCCAGGCUUGGUUUCUGAAACACUCAGUGUCCGUUCAUUCCACUUCAUUGAGCAGAACCUCACCAACUACUAUGAGAUGAUGCUAACAGAUCGCAAGGAAGCCAGAUCCUGGGCAUGCCGGAUGCACCUGGCUCUAAAGGCCUAUCAGGAGCUGCUGGCCACAGUGAACGAGAUGGAGAUGUCCCCAGAUGAGGCUGUGAGGGAGAGCAGCCGCAUCAUCAAAAACAACAUUUUCUAUAUGAUGGAGUACCGAGAACUGUUCUUGACACUCUUCCGAAAGUUUGAUGAGAGAUGCCAGCCUCACUCUUUCCUUCGUGACCUGGUGGAAACCACCCACCUCUUCCUCAAGAUGUUGGAACGGUUUUGUCGGAGCCGUGGGAACCUGAUGGUCCAGAACAAACAAAAAAAGAGAAAGAAGAAGAAAAAGAUUCCCAACCAGACUGUAGCUUCUGGUAAUGUCCCAUAUAGUCCAGAGGAGCUGGAGGCUUUGUGGCCAGACCUGGCUGAACGGCUGCAGUGCUGUGUCCAGGAUCCUGAGCUCAGUGUAGACUCCAUGGUUCCCUUUGAUGCUGCCUCAGAGAUGCCAAUAGAGGAACAGCGGGUGGAAGCCAUGGUGAGGAUCCAAGACUGUCUCCUGGCUGGCCAGGCUCUGCAGGCUCUGACUCUCCUGAGAUCCGCCCGGGAAGUGUGGCCAGAAGGUGCUGUAUUUGGCUUUCCAGACAUUUCCCCUGAGGAGGAGAUGCAGCUGCUGAAACAGAUCCUCUCUGCUCCACUUCCUCGGGUGCAGGGAACAGAGGAAGGAGGUGCAGAAGAAGAAGAGGAGGAGGAGGAGAAAGAAGAGGAGUUGCAAGUUGUGCAGGUGUCGGAGAAAGAGUUUAACUUUCUGGACUACCUGAAACGCUUUGCAUGCUCAACCAUUGUUCGAGCCUAUGUGCUGCUGCUGCGGAGCUACCGGCAGAACAGCGCCCAUACUAACCACUGUGUGGUCAAGAUGCUACACCGGCUGGCCCAUGACCUCAAAAUGGAAGCCCUGCUUUUCCAGCUCUCAGUCUUCUUCCUUUUCAAUCGUCUGCUUAGUGACCCUGCUGCGGGAGCCUACAAAGAGCUCGUGACUUUCGCCAAAUACAUCCUCGCCAAGUUCUUUGCAUUGGCCACAGUCAAUGAAAAAGCCUUUGUGGAGCUGCUGUUCUGGAAGAACACAGCUGUAGUUCGAGAGAUGACUGAGGGCUAUGGCUCCCUGGAUGGCGGGUCUUCUGGUUGCCGAGCCGCUGCAUGGAGCCCAGAAGAGGAUGCCCAGCUUCAGGAACUGUACCUCACCCAUAAGGAUGUGGAAGAUCAAGAUGUGGUAGAAGCCAUCCUGGCACGCCUGAGUACUGCUCGAACACGCAAGCAGGUCAUCUGCCAUCUGGUACAGCUGGGACUGGCUGACAGUGUCAAGGACUUCCAAAGGAAAGGGACCCAUAUCAUAUUGUGGACAGAAGACCAGGAGCUAGAACUGCAGCGGCUUUUUGAGGAGUUCCAGAACUCAGAUGAUGUCCUUGGUCAUAUCAUGAAGAAUAUCACAGCCAAACGCUCACGGGCUCGAGUAGUGGAUAAACUGCUGGCUCUGGGGCUGGUGGCUGAGCGGCGGGAGCUGUACAAGAAACGGAAGAAGAAGUUGGCACCCUCCAGCAUGCCGGAUGGAGAUGAGUUUCUGAAAGAUUUUUGGCAAGAUCCAGAAGAGGAAAACUUGCCAGAGGAAGAGAGUGAAGAGGAAGAGAAAGAGGAGUCCUUGGAACCAGAACAAGCCCACAGUAGCUCAGUUCUCUCAGCUGAAAACUUUGGUCAAGGCCUGCAUCAGGAAGGCUUUUCUGCCCCCCUGCUGUGGCUCCAAAACUGCCUGAUUCGAGCAGCAGAUGACCGAGAAGAGGAUGGUUGCUCCCAGGCAGUUCCAUUGGUGCCAUUGACUGAAGAAAAUGAGGAAGCAAUGGAAAAUGAACGGUUUCAGCAGCUGUUGCUCAAGCUAGGGAUUCGGCCCCCUGCCUCUGCACAGGAAACCUUCUGGCGAAUCCCAGCCAAGCUGAGCCCCACCCAGCUCCGCAGAGUGGCAGCUUCUUUGAGUCAUUCAAAGGAGGAGGAAGAAGAGGAGAAGCUACAGCCAGAAUUAGAGCUGAGCAUCCCCAGAGAGCAAGAACCUAGUGAGGAGGACCAGCAAGAGAAUCAGGCAGAAGCCCUCAGGGCCCUCUUGCUAGCUCGUAAAAAGAAAGCAGGACUAGCAUCCCCGGAAGAGGAAGAAACUGCUGGUGGGAAAGAGCAGCUGAAGAUGGUGCCUAAGAAGCGAAAACUGCUGGACAGUGAGGAGGAGGAGGAGGGAGAUGAGGGCAGAAGCAAAGCAUCAGACCUAGGAGCUCCAGUAAUCCAAAAGAAGAAGCGGUAUCAGAUUGAGGAUGAAGAUGAGAACGACUGAAGAGCCACAGACCUAGGGGUAGAGAUAGAUUUGAUUUUACAUGGUAAAUUUAAGUCAGAGUUGGGAGGACCCAGAUCUAUUCUUAGUGGAAUGCAUACAGUAGGGUUCUGGGCUCUUCUAUAGAUUAAGGGCCCAGGAAUUUUUAAUCACCAGUGUUGGAGGGACCUUUUGCAGUCAGUCCUGUUUCUCUCAGUUUUGUUUUGUAUUGGUGGUGCUGGGAUUGAACACAGGACCUCCCGCAUGCUAGAUAAGUACUCUACCACUGAGCUACAUCCCCAGGCCAUCUUUCCCCAAUUUUAUCAUUAUGCUCCAGAAGCGCUCUGGAAACUGACUUCUGACUUCUUUUCUAGGAACCUUUUUUUCUUUUUUUGGUUACUACACCCUCUUAGCAAAUAAGAGGAGGGAGUAAAACAUAGAAGGUACCCUGGACCCCUUCCUUGGUCAGUUGAUUGGUUUGUUUGUUUUGUGGUACUGGGGAUUGAACCAGGGCUUGCACGCUAGACAAGCAUUCUACCACUCAGCGACACCCCCAGUUUCCUUCGUUGGUCUGCCCCUGUCGACUUUUCUGCUAGAGAUGGGGGCUUUACCAUCAACACUAGAUGAGGGGCUUUACCAUAAUGCAUCAGAGUUUUGCACUGUUUUUAGAAGGCACUUUGGUUUCCUUCUUCCUAUUUUUGUUUCCAGUGAUCAUCCCCUAGUUAUCAGAUUGAGCCCAGUUCCUGGAGUUGAGGUAGAGUUAAGAUGGAAUAUUUGUCAGAUGAUGAAUGUAUUUGCUUUCUGUUUGGUGUUAAAUUAAACAUGUAAAAUUAACA